GGAGCGGGUAGGAGGGCAGGCAGGCGGGCAGGGGUCAGAGGUCAGAGGUCACCGGGGGGCUCCCACCCGCAGCAGCAUGAGGAGCAGGAGCAACUCGGGCGUCCGUCUGGACGGCUACGCCAGGCUGGUCCAGCAGACCAUCCUCUGCCACCAGAAUGCCGUGACGGGACUGCUCCCGGCCAGCUUCGAUCAGAAAGAUGCCUGGGUGCGGGACAACGUGUACAGCAUUCUGGCUGUGUGGGGGCUGGGCCUGGCUUACAGGAAGAAUGCCGACCGGGAUGAGGACAAAGCGAAGGCCUAUGAGCUGGAACAGAGUGUAGUGAAGCUGAUGAGAGGAUUGCUGCAGUGCAUGAUCAGACAGGUGGACAAAGUGGAGUCCUUCAAAUACAGUCAGAGCACCAAGGACAGUCUCCAUGCUAAGUACAACACCAAGACCUGUGCCACCGUGGUGGGAGAUGACCAGUGGGGACACCUCCAGUUAGACGCCACCUCUAUUUACCUUCUCUUCCUGGCCCAGAUGACCGCUUCAGGGCUCCAUAUCAUCUACAGCCUGGAUGAAGUGAACUUCAUACAGAACCUGGUGUUUUAUAUAGAAGCGGCUUACAAAACAGCUGACUUUGGGAUUUGGGAGCGCGGAGACAAGACCAACCAGGGGAUCGCAGAGCUGAAUGCCAGCUCAGUUGGCAUGGCGAAGGCAGCGUUGGAAGCCCUGGAUGAGCUGAACCUGUUUGGCGUGAAAGGUGGUCCUCAGUCAGUGAUCCACGUCCUGUCCGACGAAGUGCAGCACUGUCAGUCCAUCCUUCACUCGAUCCUGCCCCGGGCUUCAACAUCCAAAGAGGUCGAUGCAAGCGUCCUGUCGGUCAUCUCUUUCCCGGCGUUCGCAGUAGAAGAUAGCCAGUUGGUGGAAAUAACCAAACAGGAAAUCGUAUCCAAGCUCCAGGGCCGUUACGGCUGCUGCCGCUUUCUCCGAGAUGGAUACAAAACCCCCAAAGAGGAUCCUAAUCGUCUGUAUUAUGAACCUGCUGAGCUGAAACUGUUUGAGAACAUUGAGUGUGAAUGGCCAUUGUUUUGGACGUAUUUCAUCCUGGACGGGGUCUUCGGUGGCAACGCAGAGCAGGUUCAGGAGUACAGGGAGGCACUCGAAGGCGUCCUCAUCAAGGGAAAGAAUGGAGUUCGCCUCUUGCCGGAGCUCUACAGCGUUCCUCCGGAAAAGGUGGAUGAGGAGUAUCAGAACCCCCAUUCUGUGGACCGAGUGCCCAAGGGCAAGCUCCCGCACAUGUGGGGUCAAUCCCUCUACAUCCUGGGGAGCCUGAUGGCCGAGGGAUUUCUAGCCCCUGGUGAAAUUGACCCCCUGAAUCGCAGAUUUUCGACCGUCCCCAAACCAGAUGUGGUGGUCCAAGUGUCCAUUCUAGCCGAGUCGGAGGAGAUCAAGGCCAUCUUGAAGAAGCACGACUUGGAGGUGGAGACGAUUGCGGAUGUGUAUCCCAUCCGGGUACAGCCGGCCCGAAUCCUCAGCCACAUUUACGCCAGCCUGGGCCGCAACAGUAGGAUGAACCUGAGUGGAAGACCUUACCGGCACAUGGGAGUCCUCGGGACGUCCAAACUUUACGACAUCCGAAAGACUAUCUUUGCCUUCACUCCACAGUUCAUCGACCAGCAGCAGUUCUACCUGGCGCUCGACAACAAGAUGAUCGUGGAGAUGCUACGCACGGACCUCUCCUACCUCUGUAGCCGCUGGAGGAUGACCGGGCGGCCCACCAUCACCUUCCCAAUUUCCCACACCAUGCUCGACAAAUCUGGAACUGCUUUAAAUUCAGCCGUCCUGGCUACCCUGAGGAAAAUGCAGGAUGGGUACUUUGGCGGGGCAAGGGUUCAAACAGGUAAGUUGUCAGAGUUCUUGACGACUUCAUGCUGCACACACCUGAGCUUCAUGGACCCUGGGCAUGAGGAAAAGCUGUACGGUGACAGCUUUGAGGACAACUACAGUGGCUUAAAUUCUGAAGACUGGAUGAAUGACUUUGACCCCACUGAUAAAGCUCACUCUGGUGACGAGAUUACUCGGUACUUAGAUCACCUUUUGGAACACACUACUCCCAGGCCCAAACUGCCCCCUACGGCCCAGAAGGGAGGGCUGAGUCGGUUCCGAGCGGCCGUGCAAACCACCCGUGACUUCAUGUCCUUGGUGACCCAGGCCAAGGACCUGCAUGUACAGAAUGUUCACAUGUAUCUUCCUACAAAGUUAUUUCAGGAUUCCCAGCCUUCGUUGAAGUUACUGGAUUCCCCACAACUUGCUUCCACCGACGAACAGGUUCCCUCCGUCCGUGUGGAAAUGCACCUUCCCAGAGACCAGUCUGGAGAAGUGGACUUCAGGGCUUUAGCCGAUCAGCUGCGAGAUUGCCCGAGCUUACAAGACCAGGCCGACAUCCUCUACAUGCUCUACACCAUGAAGGGUCCCGAUUGGGAUACCGAGAUCUACGACGAAGGGGGAGCCACGGUCAGAGAGCUCCUCGUUGAGCUGUACGGCAAGGUGGGAGACAGUCGCCAAUGGGGCCUGAUCCGCUACAUCUCUGGGAUCCUGAGGAAGAAGGCGGAAGCCCUUGAUGAGGCCUGCACCGACCUCCUUUCGCAUCAGAAGCAUCUGACGGUGGGACUUCCUCCAGAGCCUCGCGAGAAGACCAUUUCUGCUCCCCUGCCCUACGAAGAGCUCACUCAGCUGAUCAAUGAAGCCAGUGAGAACAAUAUGAUGAUUUCGAUCCUUACGCAGGAGAUAAUGGUGUACCUGGCCAUGUAUAUGAGAACCCAGCCCACCCUGUUCGCCGAGAUGUUUCGGCUCCGGAUCGGUCUGAUCAUCCAAGUUAUGGCCACGGAGCUGGCCCAGUCCCUCCACUGCUCGGCCGAAGAAGCCACCGAGAGCCUGAUGAAUCUCAGCCCUUCGGCCAUGAAGAAUCUUCUACAUCACAUUCUCAGCGGCAAAGAGUUUGGGGUGGAGAGAAGCGUACGUCCCCUGGAUUCGGCCACCAGUCCGGCCAUUUCCAUCCAUGAGGUAGGUGCCGUCGGCGCCACGAAGACUGAGCGGACGGGAAUCAUGCAGCUGAAGAGCGAGAUAAAGCAGGUGGAUUUGCGGAGACUGUCUGUCUCGCCUGAGAGUCAGCCCUGCGGCGGGCCGAGUCUCAGUCUAGAUCCGACGUCCCCGGCUUUGCUGACACCGGGGAACUCUAUGACUCCCAGCGGCGGAUCCUUCACGAGCGCCUACGGAGACCAGGUCGCCAAGGACAGCCGUCAAGGGCAGUGGCAACGGCGGAGGCGAUUGGAUGGAGCCCUCAACAGAGUCCCCGUUGGAUUUUAUCAAAAAGUCUGGAAGGUUUUGCAAAAGUGCCACGGGCUCUCUGUGGAAGGCUUCGUGCUGCCGUCUUCAACCACCAGAGAGAUGACCCCGGGGGAGAUCAAGUUCUCCGUUCACGUCGAGUCGGUUCUCAACCGGGUGCCUCAGCCCGAAUACCGGCAACUUCUGGUGGAAGCCAUCCUCGUCAUCACCAUGCUGGCAGACAUUGAAAUCCACAGCAUCGGGAGUAUCAUUGCCGUGGAAAAGAUCGUGCAUAUAGCCAAUGACUUGUUUCUGCAAGAACAGAAAACCCUCGGGGCCGACGACGACAUGUUGGCGAAGGAUCCCGCCUCGGGCAUCUGCGUUCUGCUGUACGACAGUGCGCCCAGCGGCCGGUUCGGCACCAUGACCUACCUCUCCAAAGCCGCGGCCACCUACAUUCAGGAGUUCCUGCCCAACAGCAUAUGUAGCAUGCAGUGAGGGCUGCCUUCCCAGGCUUGGACGCUUUCUAGUAGGACUUCCCAAGUGCCCUUCUUCCCGUCGACCCGGGUCGCUCGUCGGACGGGCCUCCGAUCGGACGGUCUCGCCCGGACUGCACAUUCCUUUCUCGGAACAGAAGUUUUAUGGCCUGAACACUCCCCCCGACCGCCGACCACCUCCUCCACCAAAAGA